AAGCUUGAAUAUCACCAUCAGGUGUUGUGAAACUACUUUGUAUGAUAUAUAGAAACUUGAUUAUAAUAGAAAUAUGACGACGACUCAGAGCGCUAUGAGAAUGGUUGAGGGUGAUCAUAUAAAAAAUUGGCAGGCUUCUAGGGAUAGUGGGAUCUUUGGUUCACUUGAUAUGGCAGUUGAAGAUUUAGGAUUCCUAAUGAAAAGAAAUAGGUUGGAUAGUGGUGAUCAUACCGGUAAAAUCCCUAGUAGGAGCGGAAGUGCGCCGCCUAGCAUGGAAGGUUCCGUUGCAGCUCUUAGGAAUCUCUUGAAACAACAAGAAGGUAGUAGCUCUGAAGUUUUAAGUAGGGCUAUUGAGAAUUAUGACUCGGAAGAAGAGAUACGUAGUGAUCCUGCAUAUGUAGCUUACUAUUUGUCGAACAUCAACUUGAAUCCGAGACUCCCUCCUCCGUUAAUCUCACGGGAGAAUCAGCACUUGUUGCGUCAUUUCGGUGGGGUUGGUGAUAAUAAUCAGAGUCCAACAACUUCUUGGGAUAAUAUGGGGAUAAGGUCCUCCUUGCAUUCUUCUAGAACUGCUCUUUCGACUCAUAGAGAGGAGCCUGAGGAUGAGGCAUCAUCUGGGGAACAACAAGCUUAUGCUUCUUUGGCUGGUCGUCGUAAGAGCAUAGCUGAUAUGAUUCAGCGGCCUCAUUCGGCAGGAAAUCGUCCAAUAGCACAAGACAUCCAUGCCAUUUCCUCUGAUACAUCUUCAGAAAACACGAGAAGAUUACCAGAGUCUGAUAUAAAUUCGGUUAAUCUGCUGAGGGAGACAGAUUCUCUCUCCAUCGAUGCUAUUGCUAAUGAAGAUCCCUUUACCACUGAUUUGGGCUCACAAAGUUCUACUAAUGUACAGAAUGAGAGAUUAAACGCGAGGCGAGCGAGCCAUGAGGACAACAAUCUAUCUGUUUUUGGUGCUUCUCCUCCGUCCUCUGUUGCUUCAAGAAUGAGGAGGAAUCAAGAAGACCAACAAUCUCAGGGAAGGAGAAUGCCUCUGCAAUACACAUCUUCAUCGUAUCAGGUUCAGGCUAGUUCGCCACAACAAAUGACCUAUCCGAGGAUGGGUGGUACACAGGACAUGAUGCAGAGCUUACCAAAGAUUGCAACUGGCGAGUCCUCGGGUAUGUACCUCCCGCAAUAUAAUUAUGGCAGUUACCCUCCUGGUUCUGGUAUUGUCCCUCAAUAUAUGAGUGGAUACCCAUCGCAUGAAGCAACUGUUCCUAUGCCAUACGAUAUCUCAUCUACUUCUUUGGGCUACAACAACGCUCGGCUGCUACCUGGAGUAUCAUCGAGUGGACAAAACAUUCCUUCGCUUGUGGAUCCUUUUCAGUUGCAAUAUUUUCAACAGGCUCAAGUGGACGCGUAUGCUCCUCCGUUUCAGAGCAGCACUGAUUCUUUUGGGCAGAAAGACCAACAAGCUGCUGGCUAUAUGGCAAAUCAUGAACCUCUCAACAGUCCAUUGAGUCCGAGUUACGGGAUGCAAAGUCCGCGGCACAUGGGGAAUUAUUUUGCAGUGCCACCUGGUAUAAGAGUCAUGCCGCAGUAUCCAGGAUCACCUCUUGCUAGUCCGGUGAUGCCUUCCUCACCGGUUGGUGGAAUGAUGAGCCACUUUGGAAGACGAAGUGAAACAAGGUAUCAUCAACAAGGGCCAAGUAGAAACACUGGGAUCUACCCUGGUGGAUGGCAAGGGAACAGAGGAGGAGCCAGCAGCAUCGUUGAUGAUCUAAAAAGACAUUCUUUUCUUGAUGAACUCAAGUCUCCAAACGCUCGGAAACUCGAGCUGUCUGAUAUUGCAGGGCGCGUUGUUGAAUUCAGCGUCGAUCAGCAUGGCAGCCGGUUUAUUCAACAGAAGUUGGAGCAUUGCUCCGAUGAGGAGAAGGCAUCUGUUUUCAGUGAGGUUCUUCCACAAGCUUCAAAAUUGAUGACUGACGUUUUUGGAAAUUAUGUCAUCCAAAAAUUCAUAGAACAUGGAACUCCGGCACAGAGAGAAGAACUUGUGAAGCAACUUGCUGGUCAGAUGGUUUCACUAAGCUUACAAAUGUAUGGAUGUCGUGUGAUACAAAAGGCCCUUGAAGUGAUAGAUGUUGACCAAAAGACAGAACUAAUUCGUGAGCUCGAUGGAAAUGUGCUGAAGUGUGUUAGAGAUCAAAACGGAAAUCAUGUUAUCCAAAAGUGUAUCGAGAGUAUGCCUGCCGGUAGGAUUGGAUUUGUAAUUGCUGCUUUCCGUGGUCAAGUCGCCACUCUUUCUACCCACCCUUAUGGAUGCCGAGUUAUCCAGAGAAUCUUGGAGCAUUGUUCAGAUGAUGAGGAGACUCAUUGUAUAAUCGAUGAAAUAUUGGAAUCUGCGUUUGCUCUUGCUCAUGAUCAGUAUGGGAAUUAUGUCACUCAGCAUGUCCUGGAGAGAGGGAAGCCCGACGAAAGGAGACAGAUCAUUGAGAAGUUGACUGGGAAUGUUGUUCAGAUGAGUCAGCACAAAUACGCUUCUAACGUUGUGGAGAAGUGUCUGGAACACGCUGAUAGUACCGAGAGAGAGUUCCUGAUUGAAGAGAUAAUGGGCAAAUCCGAGGAAGACAAUCACUUGCUAGCGAUGAUGAAGGAUCAGUUUGCAAAUUACGUGGUCCAGAAAGUCUUGGAGAUCAGUAAAGAUCAGCAAAGGGAGAUUCUGGUGCAGAGGAUGAAAAUUCAUCUCCAGAGUUUGCGGAAGUACACAUACGGGAAACACAUAGUAGCCCGAUUCGAACAACUGUUUGGUGAAGAGAGUGAAGUCUCAGAAGAGGGAACAGAAGGUUAGGCAGAAGAUUUUCUUUUGGGUUGCAGAUUUGGACAAUGUUUGACUUAGACAAAUAUAUAUUUGAAAGUGCUUAUGUAUAUAUGCUUGUAUCUAUGAAUGGAAGUGUGAUGGUAUAACAAUAUGUAUAUGAUGUGGACAUGAUCUGUGGUUAAUAAUUUGAUUUGCUUAUU